GGGAGUGUCUAUAUUCAUUAUAUCCGUCUCUAUAUAUAGAUAUCUGUGUCUUGUCUCGCCCUGUGUCUGUCCGCGUGUCUCUGUCCGCAUGCCAUGCCAUGCGUGUGUUUAUGUCCUCAUGCAUGGGAUGCCACAUCGAUCAUCCCAUUUCUCUCUUCUGUACAGACGCAUGACACACACAUGGAUACAUGGAUGGAUGGACCUGCAAUAGGCAUCUUAUGAACAGUUUGUCGCUCACUCACUCACUCGUCCAGCCAGUCAGUCCAUCAACACCAUCCAUCACACACCAGCACGGCACAGCACAGCACAGCACAGCCAGCCAGUAUCCAUGCCUGGCUCAUCUACGGCAGGGGCCCACCACACUACCUAUGUGGGUGUGUGCACGGGCGCGCGUGUCAGACGCAUCACCGAAUCCUCGUGAUCACACCUGACUUUCGCCUGCUCUGCCGCAGCGUGGAAUUCAUGAACAAGAUCCCACGCCCAAUCUGACGGCUUCACGCGAACUGACUCGACACGGGGAAACGCAGCCAGCGCCUUGGCAGCCUCGGCACACAGCGCAUCACAGAAGCCUCUCUUGCCCUCCGUGUCAUUGAAAGGAAAUGGGCCGUCAUGCGACAACUCGACGACAAUACAGCGCACUCGCCUCGCUACGGCUAGCUUUCCUUCCUCCCCUGUCUGAUAGAGAGUGCAAGACAACUCACGUAACCUGUUCGAGCUGUAUCUCGGCGCCCUCAGGUCAAAGUGGGUCGUCAGUGUGAGCCCCUCCAGCUCUGUAGAUAUGUACUGGGCUGCUCUGGGGAUGAGGAAUAUGCUCAGGCGAAUAACAUGAAUCCCCAUGGGCAAAACAUAUCCCUCAUCGCUAGGUCCCUGGCCGAAAGUGGCCAACACAGUGAAGGCCUUCAGGCCGUGCAGCUGGCUGAUGACGCUGCCUGCCCCCCCACUCAACGCACUCUCCCCAUCCACACACACACACAGUCGCUGCGAUGGGGAGCGUCGCGCCUCACAUGCAUAUCUAGAAGGGUCAAAACUGGUCAACAGUUUGAUCGUGCGGGUGCUACUAGCCAUCAGCUGGAGUGUGGGCUGUGUGCCCCACAGGUCCGCUGCACUGCCACUGAGAGGCACCACCAGACGGCUGAGCACACUCUCGCCCUUCUCGACUGUCGAAUAGUGGGUGUAGUAGACCUCUCUGGCCCCGUCAGCCACACACGUGCUCCGAAACUCGUGCAGUGUCUGCAAGAAGAGAACAGCGAUGCUGAUCACGUCAGGGGGUGUGCGCCUCACUUCCUUACUUUGAUGUAUGCCGUGUUCUGGGCGGCAUUUUGAUAGCGUGGCAGCUGCGCGUGGAUCUUCUGGAGGCGCUUGUUGCCGAAGGUGGUGCGAACCUCCUCGGCCAUGUCAGCCGUGCCCUUGAAGCACACAUGGCCCGUGACCGAGGUGAUGGUGCCGCCGGUCGCGCCACGGCGGUCUCGCGUGAUGUCUUCGAAACUCCACGUCCCACCACGUGUCUGACAUACACACCACACCACACCACACCACACCACCACCCCAACAAUGAAUGUCGUUCUCUCUGCCACGCCACCCGCCCACACACACACCCACCCACCAGCAUGAUGUGCAGUGGCUGCAGGUCUCCUGCGCGAUGCAGCCACGACCCCAUGGCUGGGCUGUGUCCGGUGGUCAGCUCCCGCAGCGCAGGCAGCCGAUACCGCCGGUCACGAGCGACCCCAUACCACUGCCCCCUGACCUCCGCCCGCCGCAGCCCCGGGAACGUGACGGGGCUGGCAGGGGGGGAUGUUCUCUUCUUCGCCUUCGUCGCGAAGAAGCCGUCGUCGUCGCUGUAGCCGUCGUCGCUGUAGCCCUCGUCGUAGUCCUGCAGGGUUAUGCGCUCGGUGAGGUCGAUGCCUAGGUCUACGGUCUCGACCGUGGGGGCCGUCAUCUCGAGCAGCUCGAUGAAGCCCAGGGCCUCGUCGGGAUCCUCGAGUAUCGACACCACCUUGACCGCCGUCAGAAGGCCUGCAGGCCGAACACACACACACACACACACACAGAGAGAUGCAGAUUGGUUUGUUCUCGCCCAUUCCCUCAUCUGUGCGCGUGGGUGCGUGCGUACCCCUCCACUGCUGUCGGUCAGCCUCGUCCCAGCUAAGCAGCCCGUUCCCCCACCUCAAGUCACCAAAGGGGUCGUAGCUGACGAUCGGGUGCAUCUCGGGCAUCUUGCACAUCCGCCAGAACGGCACCGAGAUGAAUCGCAGAGUGGCGAUGCUGUCGGGGAACCCC